AUGGCGUGCUCCUUCCUUGAAGAGCCGGUAGAUAUCGAAGCCCAAAUUGUCCGCAGAGCUCUCCCACGUUUCCAAGGCUACCGUCUGUCGGGCAGUCAGGUUGUUACAGUUGCACUGAAACGUCUCCUGCACGCGUUUGUGUUCCCCGGUCACAGACCCACAAGAUUUAUCAAAGAGGGAUGCCACAAAAUUGCAGGGUUCCCAGGCGUGAUUGGCUGUACAGAUGGCACUCACAUUCCAAUCAUUGCACCCUCAGCAAAUGAAGGAGACUUUGUGAACAGGAAGUCCUUCCACAGCAUCAAUGUACAGAUCAUAUGUGAUGCUGCCAACAUUAUCACAAAUGUGGAAGCCAAGUGGCCAGGCUCUGUCUAUGACUCACGGAUCUUCCGGGAAUGUACACUGAGCAACAGAUUUGGACAUGGAGAGUUCACUGGCCACCUGCUUGGUGAUAGGGGGUACCCAUGUCUACCCUAUUUGCUCACCCCUUACCCUGACCCUGAACCGGGCCCACAGCAGCGUUAUAAUCUGGCCCAUUGCAGGACACGGGCCAGAGUUGAGAUGACCAUCGGAAUGCUCAAGGCCCGGUUCCAGUGCCUUCGUGGACUCAGAGUCACCCCAGAAAGGGCAUGUGACAUUAUUGUGGCAUGUGUGAUCCUACACAACAUUGCCACGAUCAGAGGUGAACAGUGUCCAGCUGAACCAGACGACAGCAGUGAUCCACAUGAUGAACAUCCUGACCCACCCACGAACGUACAGGAUGGGAGAGCAGUCAGAGACACCAUAUGCCACAACCAUUUCCUGUGACCCGGCAACCCAACAUGUCACAAGACAAAUACACAGAUACUGUGGUCAACUUGCUUUAUUGCUCACCCUGUAUGUCCUGUGCACAAUGAAUAAAUGCGAAUAUUAGUAUGUUGUACAAACACUGACAUGAUUCGUCCAUCUAUGAUCACUCCACCCACCCUUAACUGUUG